CUCAAACCUGCAACUCGGCGGGUUCUGAACGCGGGCCAUGACGGUCAUGGGCCGGCAAGAUGCCUUCGCAGCCUUUUUGAAGCUGCGCCCGGCGGCCAAGCCAAGCAGCCGACAACAGGUGGAACAGAGGCUAGAGCGCGUGGAGGGCGAUCUUCAUGAUGGGUUGGCAGAGGUGUCAGUGCCAGAGGUGGACCGUUUUGAGGCCAAAGCAGCCAAGGAAGAGAGCCUGGAGGAGAAUCCGUUCACCUCCUUUCUCCACCUUCGCCCGCCCAACAAGGAAGUUCCACGCGAAGUGGCCAUAGAACAAGAUCUGCGGCAACAAGUGCUGAAGACCAAAAAAGAAUUGCUAGAGGUGGCCUUGUGUUUGGAGCUGAAAGCCUGCGAGCCCGAAACCCCAGAGGAGACGGCUCUGCGGCUAAGGAGGCUUCAGAAGGCGCAUAGAUAUUUGUUGCAUCCUGAACGCACGAUGGAAGCAUUGAGCGGUAGCGAGGAUGAAGAUAGCGCCAUGCAGAACAAGAUCGUUUGUCAGAGCCCGACACGUGCCAAAGUGGUAGGGAGGGCAGACGACACGCGACGAUGGAGCAUGGGCAUGAUGCGACGGCAGCCACCGCCCAAUGUCUUCACUCCCUCGCAGUCUCGGCCAAGCACGGUGUACCAGGACGAAGUGCUCAUCGGUCAGAAGCGGGCCACCUCAAGCUCCCACAAAAAGAAGGAGCGACAUGUUGCGUGCUUCCCUCAGCCCACCGCGUCCGCACCCGACCUGAAAGCUGCUGAAACCACGCCUCUUCCCCCAUUAUGUAAGCAGAAACCGAUGUACAAAACCUGGCAGGGCGAGCUGGUGGUGGACGAGGCUUCUCUGGUUCCCUUGAGCGGCUGGUACUGGAAGACCAGGAGCUGGAACAUGCACAUCUUCCGGAAAGACCAGGGUGCAGCGCGGCGCAUGCCCGAGAUGGCGGCAGGUGGAGUGCUCUUUGGCAAUGGGACCUUGCCACUCUUCAGCGGCGCUCACUUGAUGAGCACGGGAUACUUCUAUUCCUUCAAGGUGGAUGCUGUUGACGAUCAGCAUUUUCCGCUGGACGAUCUCAGAGAUUUGUCUCUAGCUUUUGGCGUCUCCUUCCUCCCGGGUGGUCAUCGGCUCUGCAAGAAUACCAUGUAUGCCUACGAGAUCCCAGGCAGCAUCCUGAUUGGUUAUGGCAAGCAUGUGGUUGAUAGCGGCGAGUGGUUCACACACAAGGCUUGGGAUCCCAAAUCCUUGGAGCCGGGAGAUGUGGUUGGGCUGCUUGUGAGUCCACAUGGAGACUUGGUGGUCUACGUGAAUGGGGCGCAGGUGCUGCGGGUUGCGACGAGUCUGACAGAGGGCAAUCGACAAGAACCCCAUCCUCGACGGAAGGCCUUGGGCCCUCGACGGAGCCUUUUCCCACUCAUUGACUUGCAUGGAAGAGUGACUGCUAUCACCAUGCUCCAUGGGAGUGCACCCAACGUGAGUCUCUUGGCGCGAAACAGAUGUUGUGAGAAGAAUCUGAAUCCCUUGGGUUUCCAGGGGAAGAAGGCCUUCCCGAUCCCCGGCCGAAGCCUACCUGGCCUUGGCAAGGUGGUCCCGGACAUCGAUGCGCUUCCGGGCUACAGGGAAAUCUGAGGGCCCGGGAGGAGCACCUAGCCGCGAGUUGACAAGUGAAUGUCUCACACAAAGACAUUGACAAAGGGGAGGGCACCAAAUGGCCUAAACAUGGGGUACCAAUGGAC